AUGAACAAAGACACGCAAAUCCUCAUCGUCGGAGCCGGUUGCUUCGGUACCUCAACGGCAUACCAUCUCGCGCAGCGCGGAUACACUCACAUUCGCGUACUGGACCCCUACGCGCCUCCCUCCUGCGAGGCAGCUUCCACCGAUAUUAGCAAGAUCAUCCGCAGCGACUAUAACGAGCCGCUGUACGCGCGUCUAGCGAUUGAGGCUAUCGAGGCAUGGCGGUCUUGGCCACUGUUUCGAGGACUGUAUCGUGUUACAGGGUGGAUUCUGAGCGCGGCGAAGCUGUCUGUGCCGUUUGUCGAGGGGUCGAUUCAGACAUGUGAGAAUCUCGGUGUGCAGGGUCUUGAGAGGCUUACGACGGACGAAGUUCAGGCGAGAUUUCCAGUUGUCACUGGUUUGCUUGAUGGGUGGAAUAUCAAUGUCUGGAACCCGACGGCUGGAUGGGCGGCUGCUGGGACGGCUGUCGAGCGGAUGGCGGGUGCUGCGCAGGAGAUGGGUGUGAAGUACAGUUUCGGGCAGAGCAAGGGCCGUGUGCAACAGUUGAUACUGGAUAAUGUGUCCGGUGAGUGCCAUGGUGUUGUCACUGCCGAUGGGGAGAGACACAAGGCGGAGUUGGUUAUCUUGGCUGCUGGGGCUUGGACGCCUUCGUUGCUGGAUGUCAAGGGCCAGUUGACUGCUAAGGGACACAGUGUGGCGCAUAUCCAGCUCACGCCUUCUGAAGCUAAACGCUACGCUACCAUGCCUAUAAUGGAUAAUCUCGAAUUGGGUUACUACUUCCCGCCUCAGGAAGAUGGAGUGUUCAAGAUGGCACACAGUCAGUUCAUCACCAAUGUGCAAACAACAAAGUCUGGAAUCACAACUUCUGUUCCACACACGUUCGUCCAGGAACCUGCCGACGGACUGCCUCUCGAGAUUGAAGCUCAGAUGCGCCGUAACCUGUGGCGUGUGCUGCCCGAGCUUGCAGAUCGACCUUUCUGCUAUACGCGGCUUUGCUGGGAUGCUGAUACAGCUGACCGGCAUUUCCUUGUCACUCCUCAUCCUGACCACAAGCGACUUUUCCUGGCUACUGGUGGCUCAGCGCACGGGUUCAAGUUCUUUCCUAUUGUCGGCAAAUACGUUGCGGAAAUGCUUGAAGGGUCUCUCGACCCGAAAAUCGCGCGCCUGUGGCAAUGGCGAGCCGGGCAAACGAGCAUCGCGACGAACUUGGCGCAUUUGGAUCCGGAAAUGGAGUUAAAUGAUCUCACGGGAUGGAAGGAUCGACAGAUGCGUGAGAGGAGCGAUUCGAAAUUGUGA